AUGGUGGAUGCACAUUCGAAGUGGCCGGAGGUGAUCAAAAUGAGUACGACCACAUCAGCGUCCACAAUUGACGUUUUGAGAACAGUUUUCGCCCAAAACGGACUUCCAGCAACUCUUGUGAGUGACAAUGGGCCGCAAUUUACGUCGAGGGAGUUCGAAGAUUUUGUUGAUGCCAAUGGCAUUAAACACAUCAAAACUUCACCAUAUCACCCAUCCAGUAAUGGACUUGCCGAACGCUUCGUACAAACAUUCAAACAAGCCAUGAAAUGCAGCAGAAGUGACUUGGGUAACAUCAAGAAAAAACUGGCAAACUUUCUGUUAGCUUACAGAAAUAUUCCGCAUUGCACUACCAAUGAAACUCCAGCUAUACUGAUGAUGUGGAGAGAGUUGAGAACGAAAAUGCAGCUGAUGAGACCAAAUGUCGAAUCACAUGUUAAACAGAAGCAGCAGGAGAUGUGUGCACAGAGAAGUGCGCAUAACAGAGAAUUUGAACCUGGACAAUCGGUAAUGAUGAGAGAUUAUCGAGGAAAUAACAAAUGGAUUCCUGGAACUAUUGCGCAACGAACAGGACCAGUAUCAUAUCGUGUGCAAGUUGACCCGAUGACUCAAUGGAGGAGACAUGCAGAUCAAAUCGUGGUAUCGCAAGUUCCAAUGAUGACGCCCAGCGUAGAAAUUCCAGAGUCAAAACAGUCAAGUGAACCAAGUGGUACAUGCGUGGAUAGUGACGACCAGGAGAUGAAUGUUCCAGAGUACAGAACAUCGCAACCUGUCACACCAGUGAGAACGUCGAAAGUUUCGCAACCGCUUAAGUCCGAUGUCACACCAGUGAGAACAUCGAAAGUUGUUCGUACACCGCGAAAAGCCAUGCCUAUUGCACAGGAGAAACGAUAUCCAGUUCGGAUCCGCAAACCAAAGAUCAUGGAAGAUUUCGUAUACUCUGGUGCUCAGAAGACCAAUACCUGA